GAUCGGCCAAGAGCUUGCGGAGCGCAGUCUUAUGUGUCUUAAGCACGACGCGCGUUCUUGCCCCGGGCGCAUUCGGAGAGAUAAGUCGUACAAGUGCCUCGGCUCUUCCGAUAGGCUCUGCUUUCUCUCUGACCUUCUACUUCGUACUUUUUCUUUUCUUUCUUCACGCACACCCGAUCGAGCUUGCGAGUGAGCGCCGUGAGCACGAUUUUAUCCAUAUGCAGAGCUCAUUGCGUUACUUAUACUAGAUCCUCGGCGAGAAUUGCGUGUAAAAUGCGCGAGAUUCAUAACUCUCGUGAACAAAUUGCAGAACAUACAGGGGAAGGAGUUUGAACGCAGGCGAGAGGAUGCGCAUCAGAGCCGAGUAAACAGACGGCGAGAGAAGGAGGUAAACAGAUUUGAAUGAGAGCUGUUUGGGAGAGGAGAUGUGAAAGCCUGCUGGGAAUCUGCAUAUCAACGUGAGAACCAGAACGUUCCUGGCUGGACAAGCUUGACCCGAUAAUCCCGAGAACUGAAAGAAGCGAUCAGCCAUCAGCAUGAUGAGCAGCGGCGCCGAGACGUCGAGCGAGAACCCGGCGGACAAGGCGAAGCAGGAUGCGCUGUACGAGGACCGCGAGCCCAAGAAGAUCAUCCGGAUAAUAACGGUGACGGCCUACAUGGUCUCGGUCUCGUUCGUCGGCAUCGUCCUCAGCGCGUACUACAUCUUCCUCUGGCAUCCGCCGAACCCGAGACUCAUGCACGCCCAGGCGAUAAGCUCGCACUCGGAGCCGAGGGUCGACUUCCACGUGGCUCCGGAGCUUGACGCGCCGACCAGAGGACCACCGGCGAUGAUCAUGUCGAGGAUGGCACCGGCUGCUAUCGACGUGUUCGCGGCUGCCGAUGCCGAGGCCAGAUUGCAUCCCGAGCAGGAGAGACUCAAGACGAGACGGGAGAUCGUGAAGAACAUUAACCCCGUGCUGAAGGCGAACUUCGAGAAGGGCAAGUCGUCGGCAGAGGCUACUCUCGGACUGCAGGAUGUCACUAUGCUGGCACCGGUAAUCGCGGAGAGUUCAUCGUCCAACAGCGACGCUUCGUUCUCGACAAACUCGAGCGGUGACCAGACAGACAGGACUAGAAACAGCAGAACCUCGUCCUCUUUGAAAAACGACGCGUCGUCGGAGGAAGUAUCGGGCGCAAGCUCGACGAGGGCUACGAAGAAAGUCAGCAGCGUAAAAAAACAGCACCAGAUGCCCUUCGCUCUGAAGCAUCUCGAGGUGCCGAUCAAGUCGGAAGGAUCCAGAAAGCGACCGCUAAAAGUCAGGACUACUCCGACGACACGAGUAAUUGGUUCAUCCUCGGGACUGGCGCGGUGUAUACCGAAGUUCACCUCAACCGGGUUAAAAAAUGUGCGUCUCAGCAAGGGAUUAGGACUCUCGCGGUUGAAUUAAGUUUCCCGCGAGCCAAGGCAAGCCGAGAUUGGGCACACAAAGACAGAUUAGAGUAAUCCAAAGGCGCUAGAAAAAAACGGCCAGGUUUAUUAACGGAUAAGUAUCAUAGCAUUGGCUGCACGUGUGACAGUGUCUAGUAUGUGAAACGCGGGGCCGACGAUCUAUAUAGAGGAUCGAGGGAGAGUGCCUCAGCUAGACAAGAGACAUAAUAUUCAAAGCCAUAGAAAUGGUGCGAGUACAAGUUCCUGCAGGGGCGGGAGACUAAUCAGACGACGAAGAGAGUUCGCGGAGCAAACGGGGCAAGGUCGCGCGCGCGCAACGCCGACGCCGGGGCUUCCUUCGGGUACAUGCGUUAUAUCAUCGGUUGCCUUGCUUAUAUAUACCAGUAUAUAAGCAAGCGCACUUGGUUCUCUUUAUCCGCUAGUGCAAACAAAGUCGUGCGUGUGCGUGCGGGUGUAUUUGUCUUGCUACCGUUACACUUACAAUUCUGAUCCUCUUUCUCUCGAUCUCUGAAAUUGUUUUUAUUUCUUGUUGUUACUCCCCGGAAACGGAAAUUUUCAAACUACUUAAUUGUAUAAGUGUAUAGACUUGGCGAUUCGCCCUACAAUUUGGCGUUUUUUUUUCUCCUGUUGGAAUUUUAUACAUAAUUCUCGUUAACUGAAUAUUAUCCUUAUUAACUGAGUAAUUGUCAUAGACGACUUGUACCCUUGGAUAUAGGUUCACUGAUUUCAACUUAGCAAUCACAAGACUGUAUCAGAACAAAACGUUUAAUUAUUUUGGUAUAGAUCCGGUGUAACUCGUACAUCCAGCAGUUCUUAACCCAGAAAUAACGACGUCGGAGAAUUGAAGCUUGCUCCGAGCAAAGCAAACGAAAAAUACGGCAGUUCUAGUUAAUCCUACGCCUCCUGUGCGGAAGUUAAAAAAUCGAACGCUCCGAAAACAAAGGCGCGGUGUUCUUCCUAAUACUUGAGCUCGAACGGCUAAUCGUCCGAUGGACGGAAACGCGUUAUUUGCCCAGUUAAUAAACUCAACAGUUUAUCGGACGAGGGAACCGCGAUGAAAUUGAUCAAACUAUCAAUAAAUUCGGUUUCGAUUCCUCGAGAAAAUGCUAUGAUUAUAUUUUUUUAACAAUAUUUGUUGAGUAACUAUAUUUUUUUAAGACUUAUUGUUACGAUUUUAACUUCAAUGUUUCUAUAUCUAAUCGCGAAAGCUCACAAAACAAAUCAAUGCUUCGAUUUACGCACAAUGCCGCUAUUAACCCUCCAUAGACAAACGAAAAUCUAAAAAUAACGUAGGAAGUCACGUGCAACUCCCCCAUCCGCACGAGUCAUCGAACGACCAAACGCAAAUUCAGUUACAAGCGCUCUUCACGACGACAAGCCGUAAGUGCUCUUUUAUAUACAAUGUAUAAGAGCCGGUCACGUGUCGUACACUCAAACGAGCUAAGACGAAAAUUCGAUAGAUCAAAUUAAUCUGCGCACGCCAAAAUUCACAUGUCCGACAACGCCGCAGUCACGCGCCUGAGCGCGCGAGACCCGUCCCGCACUGUCCAUCAAGCGCCUAAUACCUACUUAUCGAUCGGGUUGUAAGAGCACGAGCAAUAAACUUUCACGCGCACGGAGAGCGAGUGUAUAACCUGGUGAAUAUUCGGAUGUGUCAAGGCCCUUCGCCGGCGAUAUCGCGGCGCAGAGCUUGCAAAAUCCGGGCUAAUGGCCUGGAUCUAGGCUGAUGCUAAAGAUCCUCGAUUAUAUGUAUACACGUCUUUCGAUUUAUCCGGAAACGCGCGUCCGUCGACGUCCUCAUUCCGUUUUCAAGCUCGUUCGAAGUAGAAUUUUUCAUGCGACGUUCAGCAGCUAUUCACGUAUGAUAAAUGUAUAAUGCCCAGAAAAACGCUGUGCUCAACGAAGCUCCGAGUUUUAUCGCAUGAAACUCGGAAUUUUUCAAUUAAAGCUCGCGUUCGUGAAAAUGAAAAAAUUUUAAAUUCCUCAAAGUGCAUGAUAUUUUCCAAGGAAUUACUGACCCCCUUAUUCCACCCAUACUCGAAAAUAUUACAUCACGCGCGAUUCAAAGCAAGCCUAGCUUACGUAACUUUCCCGCCGUCUUGGAGAAAAGCUCGAUGAUUUUCCCCCCGGUCACGCGGCGGCGCCAGCUCCCUGCGCAGAGAGUCGCGGAGCAUGUAUUAUAACACAUAUCGCGUGUGUCGUCGAGCUUGCGCAAGCUUCCGCGUGGCAGCGCUGCUAUUCUCCCCCGAGCACCUCCGCGCCUCUCAGUGGCCCAAGGCGUAGGUGGCGUCCGGUCAGCCCUCGUACUCCUCGCCGAGAAUAGACGCGUGGACAUCCUCCAUUCGCUCGACUCCUGGACGACAGAGUGUGCGCUUUGACAGGCCUACACAUGGGCCCGUCGCGACCAUCAGCGCGGUAGGCCGUCGUUUGGAGUUUUUUGCUUCCCUCGAUUUUCCUACUUCUUACGCGUGCGUGAAUGCAUCGAGAGAGGAUCGCGGAAGGAUAAUACCUACAUCGAGGACCGAGAGGUUCGUUGCGCUGCGCUGACUCGGCUGUGUG